CGGGAGAAAUGGUACAGUGAUUGGCAGUGUACUUACAUUUAUUAACGGGUCACUAUGUUUAAAAAGUGUUUGCUGGUUGUGUGGUUAGUUUGUUGUGAGCAACUGAUCGCUCAAAAUGUAACCAAUCUGUUACGUGGUGAGGUAGAUCAAUGUGGAUAUGUGUUAAGUUUAAUACUGAACAAACUUAAUACGAUGGAGUACCGGAUCAUGGAAAAGGAGCUUCAAAUUGAGCAAAAGCUAAACAAUAUAAGCUCCAUGAUUGAAAAUUUUAAGCAACCAGAAUGUAAUACAACAUCCCUUCCGGUGUACAACCAUACAAAGGAGCAAAUGUACAGUACGUGUAGAAAGGUGCCAUUUUCUGGCGUGUAUAAGAUUGAGCCGGAAAAGCCCUUCAAGGAACCGAUAACCGUGUAUUGUGAUCAAGAGUAUCAAUCUGGAGGAUGGAUUGUGAUUCAACAUCGCUUUAAUGGAUCGAUGAACUUCUAUCGCAACUGGCAGGAGUACAAGAAUGGGUUUGGAAAUCUGGAUGGGGAAUUCUGGUUGGGUUUGGAUCGUAUUUAUCAGUUGACCGUCUCACGACCACAUGAGCUGGUAGUGCUGCUGGAAGAUUUCGAAGGCAACAAAACGUUUGCUCGAUACGACCAUUUCGAAAUCGGAGGCGAAAGCCAGAAAUACAAUCUUACGAAAAUAGACGGAUAUUCGGGCCCGGCUGGUGAUUGUCUAGGCAAUGUGAAAGGCAUGCAAUUUUCUACCUUCGAUUCGGAUAAUGACUCGUGGGAGGGUAACUGUGCUGUAACUUACACCGGUGCCUGGUGGUACAGCGCUUGUCACACCAGCAAUCUCAAUGGAAAAUAUUUGCGUGGAGAAACGAAAGAAUAUGCCACCGGGAUGGUAUGGAGAACAUUCCGAGAGUAUUUUUAUUCCCUAAAGACGGCAAAAAUGAUGAUACGGCCCAAAUUCGCUUAAGUGGAAACUGCUACAAAAGGAACAAUAAAAUGAGAGCUAUGAAAUAAAGUA